GGAAUUAAAUACAUAAUGGAAGAAGAAAACAAAUUGCCAUUAAAGCGAGUGGAGCUCUCUUUGACGAAGUUCAACGAAGUGGCUAUUCCGCAUCACUUGGACUUAUUACGACAGCAUAAGGCCAAUAUUCUGAAGUACGAGGAGAGCGGCGAGUACACGCGCGUGCGCGCCGAGCAGACGAACGCGCGGCGCGUCGCGUCGCAGCUGCGCGUGCUGCUCGGGGAACUCGACUGCUUGAGGAGGCAGGUCCGGAAUGAAGAUCUGGUCCGCUUCGACGCGCUCACGAAGCGCUCGCGGGACAACACGUUGCGGGCCAUCGUCGACUAUCUCGGCAUCAUAGAGAGCAGUUGUAGAACGCUGGUGGCGACGGGCAGCGCGCCGCGCCGCAUCGCUGAGAGCCCGCCGCGCGCGGCGCACAGCGCGGCGUCGUCGGAGUCGGUGGGCGUGCUGGCCGCGGACGAGCACGACGCGGAGCCCGUGCAGCUGCAGCUCGACACACGGGAGCUGCAGCUGCGCGCGCGGGAGGACGCGCUGCGCGGCUGGGGCGCGCUGCAGGCCGAGGUGCGCGCGCUGCACGACGCCUGGCAGCACGUGCAGGCCGCCGCGCUGGCGCACAGGCAGCAGGUGGAGGCCACAGCGAGCCACGUGGAGGAGGCCGCUGAGAACGUGGUGGCCGCCCGCGCCGAUCUCUCUAUGGCUGAAAAACUGCGCGCGGCGUCGUACGGCGCGGGCGGCGCGCUGUGCGGCGCGCUGCUGGGCGGGCCGGCGGGCGCGCUGCUGGGCGCCAAGGCGGCCGCGUGCGCCGCGCUGGCGGGCUCGGCGCUGGGCUACGCGGGCGCGCGCCUGCUCGGCCGCCGCCGCCGCGAACAGAUACAGAAACAACAGUGAUGAUCGUGCUGUGUUACUUCAUUCUGAUCACGAGUGAAAUGUUGUUUCACAGGAACAAUAAUAGCUAAUGUCUAUGGCUUAAUUGAAUAACACAGGUCAGUAUUUAAGUUUCCCUAUGUAGAAAUUACAAAAAGAAUGUAUAACUUUUCUAGAAUUUAAAAAAAUAUUCGCACAAACUAUGUAGGUCUAUCUUAGCUUGUACAAAGUGUUAAUUAAUAAAAAUAUUGCAUAAUCAUAAUACAUGUUUAAUGUAAGUUAGCUUUAGUAAUUCUCAGUUUAAAAUGAACAGACAGUUAUGAGAUGCCUUGCUGUUUUGUGCAAUAAAAAUAUGAUUAUUUUUUUAUGUAAGUAGCAAUAAUUAAAUGUAAAUAAUCAUAGUUGUAUAAAUAUUAUCGAAUGAUAGUCACUACGCUGUGAUAUAGCACCGCACUUGUUGAAGUUAGGUUUGUAAGGCAACAGCAAUACGUUUUUACAUUGUACAUAAUAUUAUUAAGUGCAGUAAGCUUAGGUAGUAAAAAGUUUAUUAAAUGAAGUCAUCAGAAGCAACUAAACAUGCUCGGGAAGAAUUAUCAAUGAGGUGUGAAUGUUAAUCAAGCCGAUUAUGUAACUUUAUUUCACUUGUAAUAAAUCCGAAACUUAUGAUGUAAAAACUUCUCAAAAACUUUUUGGUUUCCUUAAGGAGCGUAAUGAUAUUUAGAUAUCUAAUCUAACUGCACCUGAAAACUCCAGUCACACAGUUUACGAGACGUUUGGCUCACCCUACUAACUAUAAGGUAGCCACACACUAUAUUGGACUGGCGAAGCGAAGGCACUUGAUAGCCGUGGCACAAUAACAUGAAAAUAAGUUAUCAGCUGGCAAUAAAGAUUUAUUGAUCAGUGAUCUUAUUUGUUUGAUGUUUACAAGCGAGACUUCAAGUCUGUUAUACCCUUCGUGCACAGGCGGCUAAGGAUUUGGGCGCAUUCAGCAGGUGCAGCUUUCUGCGUCUGUGUGUGGAGGGUUAAUGCCGCGCGGGCGGCGGUGGUGGCAUCAAUCUAUACUAAUAUUAUAAAGCUGAAGAGUUUGUUUUGUUUGUUUGUUUGUUUGUUUAAACGCGCUAAUCUCAGAAACUACUGAACCGAUUUGAAUAAUUCUUUCACUGUUAGAUAGUCUAUUUAUCGAGGAAGGCUAUAGGCUACAUUUUAUCCCGGAUUUCCUACGGGAAACGUCAACAAUGCAGGUGAAAGUUAAAUGAGUCGGCCAUCUGCGAGCUUUCCACGCGAACGCUGCGCAAACCAACAAAGAUAUAGUAAAACAAUGUACUAAAGAUGUGAAGUACUCAUUUUUUUCCACAAAAAAGUCCGCGAGAGCAUAUAUCUAUCUCUUAAGGUUUACUUACAAUAACCACUUUUGUGUUCAUUUUUUCAUUAUAAACAUAAGUUAUUUUGAAACCAAUUUUCUUUAAUUCAGUAUUAAUCCUUAUCCAAAUAAAUAUGUUUAUUACUUUUGAAUUUUCAUGUAGACUAAAAUUGCCAUUUACAGUAUAUAAAUCAGACGAAUCGGUUUUGAGAUAUAGUCGUUAUAAGCAAUUUGCAGCGAAACAUUUAAUACGGCGAACCAGCGUUCUUUCUAAUACGCGUGACCGCCUGUCGCCGCCCCUCACCCCGCAUCUUUCGAUCGCCCUGUUCUAUCCUACUUCCUACAUAUAGAUAGGUAUCAUUCUACUUAUAAUAAAUACUUCCUUUGUAUGUAGCAGUGAAAACUGCAUUCAAAUUGAACCCGUGGUUUUGGAGAUACAUGCUAACAUUCAUUUAUGUAAACAAUUGUAUACUGCAGCGCAUCCUGGUGAUUUGUAACCGUAACACCUAUCUAAGAACAUGCACCAAUCAAAUCUUAAUCCAGUAGUGAAAACCGCAUUAAAAUCGGACCAGUAGUUUUGGAGAUAUAUGUUAACAUCCAGCUCACCCUAAACGCAUAUAUACGGUCUCCGUUCGGUCGCGGGUAAUGAUGUGGGCCAAGUCGUCGCCAAGUCGCAUAACAAUUAGCAGCUAUAAUUGAUAAAGCCGAGGAGGAUGUUUGCAAAAAUAAAUAUGAUGCCCAAAAUAACUAUUCCACGCGGACGAAGUCGCGGGCACAGCUAGUCUGUAU